AGUGCGGCCGCACCCCCGGCCGCUCGCUCGGUAUUAUGAUUAUCGCUGGGUGCGGGGUUCCAGCGGUCGGGAGGGAGUUGUCGACGCCGCGGCCGCUGCGGACCGAUGCCCGCCUGCCGGCUGAGGAGAAAGAAGCAACUAACAAGUAGUAGUAACAGAGUAAUUUGGCAUGCGGUUUGCAAGGAAUACAUCUAAGCAAAGAUAAUAGAGGAAAAGAAUAAAGAUGAAAAAAAUGGGGCAGACAGCCCAAGAAGCCUGUUUGAAGGUGAAAGUUGAAUUUGCAAAAAUAUGCAACGUACACUUAGACAGGUAUCCAUUGCUAUGAUGAUAAUGAAGGCCUUAUUCCCAGCAGACACGCUCGUAUGAGAAGACCUACUUCAAGCACUUUAAGUAUUUUUCCCUUUGUUGCACCAGCAUGGCAGGGUUCAAGCGAGGAUAUGAUGGAAAAAUUGCUGGAUUAUAUGAUCUGGAUAAAACCUUGGGUCGAGGUCAUUUUGCCGUGGUUAAGCUUGCCAGGCAUGUGUUUACAGGAGAAAAGGUGGCAGUGAAAGUGAUUGACAAGACGAAGCUAGACACCCUAGCUACUGGCCAUCUGUUCCAGGAAGUGAGAUGCAUGAAGCUAGUGCAGCACCCAAACAUUGUCCGUCUUUAUGAAGUCAUAGACACCCAGACCAAACUGUAUCUCAUUCUAGAAUUGGGAGAUGGAGGAGAUAUGUUUGAUUACAUAAUGAAACACGAGGAGGGUCUUAAUGAAGACUUGGCCAAGAAGUAUUUUGCUCAGAUAGUUCAUGCUAUAUCUUACUGCCAUAAACUCCAUGUGGUUCAUAGAGACUUAAAACCAGAGAAUGUAGUCUUCUUUGAAAAACAAGGUCUUGUGAAGUUGACAGACUUUGGCUUCAGCAACAAAUUCCAGCCAGGAAAGAAGCUUACUACAAGCUGUGGAUCUCUUGCCUACUCUGCUCCGGAGAUCCUGCUUGGUGAUGAGUAUGACGCCCCUGCAGUAGACAUAUGGAGCCUGGGCGUGAUCCUUUUCAUGCUGGUGUGUGGGCAACCACCCUUCCAAGAGGCCAACGACAGCGAGACACUGACCAUGAUCAUGGACUGCAAGUACACUGUGCCGCCCCGUGUGUCUACAGGGUGCAGGGACCUGAUCACACGAAUGCUGCAGAGAGACCCCAAAAGGAGAGCCUCUCUGGAAGAGAUCGAAAGCCACCCUUGGCUCCAGGGAGUGGACCCCUCACCAGCCACCAAGUAUAACAUCCCUCUCGUGUCCUACAAGAACCUCUCAGAAGAGGAGCACAACAGCAUCAUCCAGCGCAUGGUGCUCGGGGACAUUGCAGACCGGGACGCCAUCGUAGAAGCCCUGGAAACCAACAGGUACAACCACAUCACAGCCACUUACUUCUUACUUGCUGAAAGGAUCCUGAGAGAAAAGCAAGAGAAAGAAAUACAGACCAGAUCCUCAAGCCCCAGCAACAUCAAGGCCCAGUUUAGGCAGUCAUGGCCAACCAAAAUCGACGUGCCCCAAGACCUUGAGGAUGACCUCACUGCCACCCCUCUGUCACACGCCACAGUCCCACAGUCCCCUGCUCGGGCUGCUGACAGUGUUCUUAAUGGACACAGGGGCAAAGGCCUGUGCGACUCGGCCAAGAAAGACGAGCUCCCAGAGCUGGCCGGGCCAGCGCUGUCCACCGUGCCGCCCGCGAGCCUGAAGCCUGCUGCUGCCAGUGGGCGGAAGUGCCUCUUCAGGGUGGAGGAAGACGAGGAGGAGGACGAGGAGGACAAGAGGCCCGUGUCCCUGUCCACGCAGGUGGUGCUGCGCCGGAAGCCGUCGGUCACCAACCGCCUGACGUCUCGAAAGAGCGCCCCGGUGCUCAACCAGAUCUUCGAGGAGGGCGAGUCCGACGACGAGUUCGACAUGGACGAGAACCUGCCGCCCAAGCUGAGCCGGCUGAAGAUGAACAUCGCCUCCCCGGGCACCGUGCACAAGCGCUACCACCGCAGGAAAAGCCAGGGCCGCGGCUCGAGCUGCAGCAGCUCGGAGACCAGCGACGACGACUCCGAGAGCCGCCGGCGGCUGGACAAGGACAGCGGCUUCGCCUACUCCUGGCACCGGCGCGACAGCAGCGAGGGGCCGCCGGGCAGCGAGGGCGAUGGCGGCGGCCAGAGCAAGCCGAGCAGCGGCGGUGGGGCGGACAAGACCAGCCCGGGCGAGCAGGGCACGGGCGGCGGCGGCCAGGGCGGCUCAGGCGGGACCCCAUCAGGUGCAGCGGGCUCCUCCAGGCGCUGCGCGGGCCCCGACUCCUCUUCAUCCUCCCCAGCCUCGGCCUCCGCCGCUCCACGCGGUGCGGAGCUUGUGCAGAGCCUCAAACUUGUGAGCCUGUGCCUCGGCUCACAGCUGCACGGCGCCAAGUACAUUCUGGACCCGCAGAAGGCCUUGUUUUCCAGCGUGAAGGUGCAGGAGAAGUCCACGUGGAAGAUGUGCAUCAGCACCCCGGGCCCCGGCCCCUCUGCUGACCUGGACCCGGUGAGGACCAAGAAGCUGCGGAACAACGUGCUCCAGCUACCUCUGUGCGAAAAGACCAUCUCGGUGAACAUCCAGCGCAGCCGCAAGGAAGGGCUGCUGUGUGCCUCCAGCCCGGCCAGCUGCUGCCACGUCAUCUGACCUGUAAAGCGCGCUCGCUCCGCUCACUUCAUUUGUUCCGACGUGACAGUGCAUGGUCUUUGUGCAUGCUGCUACACGCUACUUUUCUUUUCCAGCCGAAAAGUCUACUGUGUGAUUUUACAUUCAUGAUUUCAGUGUGGAUGACCAGGAUGAAAUUGUAUAUCUGGAAUCCAACGUAAAUGGAGCGCUUAGAAAUUCAUGUUCUGCACUUAACCUGGAGGGAAAAUGCUUUCGUUUCCUUGUGAAAAAGCCCAAAUUCCUGUCCUGACCUCCGGUGAUAGGGAAACUCCAUGCUCUGAGGCACACUGGUGCCCGAGACAGAACCAAAGCAAUAACGUGGUGAUGCCCACAGGCCUGGGAGGAGCAACAGCCGCUGCCAGCCACCCAGGGCCUGUGCACCAAGAACCAAGCCACGGUUUGAGCGCCCACACCUGUUUGUCUUAAGCGAUCGUGUGAAAACAGUUGGGGCUCUCACAUUUUCAUUGACAAAGAUUUCUUGUAUGUAGUAGGUGAGGUCAGCCACUUAGCUUUGUGAGGCAGCUUCCCCGUAGAAUACAAGGAGACAAUCUUUUGUGAGGUGAUGAGGUGAACUCUUAACUCUAGAGUGUGUCUGUCUGUGUCAACAGAAAGAGGCUCUGUGUAAGUUUCCCCUGCAGGACACACAGCAGGGUUUCCUUCAGACCUGUGUGGAGACGAGAGACUGGAGGGUCUGCUGCAGUAGCCACAGUGCAGCCCAGUCAAGGCUGACACUAAACAGAACUUCCUGGGGUUUGUUCAGGAGCUUGGUGGCAGGCGGCCUCGGGUUUCUUCCGUUCCAUGGCAGCAUUGGGCUCCGCUGCAAAGCGCAGCUGAGGAGAAACUACGCAGGAAAGGGUGGUGCUCCGUAGCCCGCCUGUGGCGCUGUGCCGCCUUCCUGCCACACACUGAUCAGAGUUCUAGUCCGGACUGAUAAUCAUCUCCCAAGGCAUCUUCUCUGAUGCACUGUCUUCCCUGAUCUUGGGAAGCCCAGAUGCUGGUUUUGUUUUUUCACUGUGCCCUAGAGGGUUUGAAAGCAGUGCUCAAGUGACCUGUGGGGCAGGUGUCCGGGGCCCAGGGUCCCUCCCACUCUCCAGCUUCCUUUCCUGACUCUGAGUGACGACAGAGGUGCAGCUGACCAUGUACCUCAGAGCGGGCAGGGCACAGGCCAGUCACUUUCUUCCGUGCUCAGACUCUGCUACUUUAGGGUUAAUGUAUAUUACUCAGAACUUCACAGUAUAACCUGACUAUACUAAGUAAAAUGAUACUUAAGAUACUUCCUAGACCUAGGCUAACUGCUUGUGCUUUAAGCUACAGUCCCAUUCAGCGUGACAUUUAUAUAGUUGAACGCGAUGAAGAUAGAUGUGUGGGUGAAGCCAUAGAACAUAUUUGCUUGAAAUUCUUAAGCAGGGAUCUUCAAAGGGCCAGAAACCAGUGUGGUUCACAGAGAUAGUGAGAACCACGUCUGUGUGAGCAAGGAGAGAUGUUUAUAAGGGGCAUUGCAAUAAACUUUGUCGCAGCUGUUUUCCAAGUAAUGUACAUACUCCUCUGUGGUCACGUCCAGCCUCGGAGUGGCGCCUCUGAACUCAACUGUAUGCGUUUGGUCUCCAGUGGUUUUUAUAUUCAGGUGUAUAUACGGUGCUCACUUUAGAUCAGCAGUGUUGGCCAUUUAUGCUGCAGAGCUGUAUCAUAGCCUUAUUAGUUGUGUGUGGUUGGUGACCCUUUGGGUACAUAAAUGUCUGUUGAGUGGUGUCUUACCCAUUUGUUGACAAGUGGAUGUCUGUGCAUGUGUUGUAUGUCAUGGGAUAUUGUCACAGGGAGGGAGCAGAACACCAUCACACCAAUAGUGGACCAAACUACUUCUUGCUCUAACCAAGUGACUUGUCCCCUAACCUGUCUUCAGAAGUCACAUAGAGUUACAGUAGUGUAUAAAUUAAAUAUUGUGGGAAAAGUUAGUCUUGUAUUUUUCUGUGUGUAUAUAUAUAAUUAUGUACUUCUGGAAUUCUAUCUGUAUUUAAAGAUGUGACAAUCUUGACACCGAUUUUAAUAGUCAUGAGACUGAACAAAGAUGUCCUACCGAGUCAGAGUUGGUGUGCGCUGAGAACACAAACUUGUCGGCUGAUUGGUCAGUUGCCUCUAGUUCUGGCCAGUCUUUCUCCUUGUGUGAACAUUGACAGGUAUGUGACAGGUGGGAAGUAAUCCAAUAAUAAAGUGACAUACUGGUGUUCAGCAAUAGAA